UAGAUAUUUAAUCGCAGCACAGAUUUCAUAUGAUGAUGCAUGUUAGAUGAGGAUGAAAGUUAAUUCAGUAAAGUUGCAUUAUGCAGCAUGCAUCUUGUCCGUGAGGUUUACGGUUGAUAGAGCGCCCCUCUGUGGUGCCAGGUUAGCGCUCCAGUGUUCAAUAAAAACUAUAGCACAUAUGCACAAUCACCUAUCGAGGUUCUCAGUGGAAAUUAAACUUCAAUAUUGCCUUCUGAUGUUUUUCAGAAAGGUAAUAUUUAAUCAGACACCUGAAUAUUUCUUCAAUCAUUCACAAAAUACAUGUAACAGAUAUAAGCAUCACACAAGGAACGCUAUAGGUCAUUUAAUAACUCCAACCCCAAGAACAAACCUCCUCAAACGUAGAGUUAUUGUUCGUGCAAUUAAUGCUUUGAAUUUUCUAUCAUCAUGUAUCUCAUACAGGUAAUAAUUUAUCAUUUAAAAACCAAUUAAAGACACACCUCAGGGCAUCACACUUGAUAUUAACUACUUGACAUUUUCCAUCCUUUACUAUUCUGUUUGUACUAUUUUAACUGUUUGUUUCACGUCAUGUUUUGCAUGUGUGUAUCUAUUUCAUGUUACUAAAAGGAAUCGUUCACUGACAUGAGAUGAAUAACAUAUUCUUCCUCUCGUGUAGCUUCAUCGUCAUGAAGUCAUUUCAAUGUGUUCACACAGCAGUAAGUUCAUUUUAUAGUAUAACUUAACGGAUGUAACUUUGUGACCGUUUAAGGGUGAUAAAACCUCGGUGAUCAAAAUGUGGAAGUGAGACUUUAAUAUUAGCACGCUGACACGUCUUGAGGGUGUAACAAACCGUUUCUGUUUCUUAGAAACUGCAAUGUAAUAACAACACGAGGAUGUGGAGCCUUCAGAACCUGCUCCUCGCCCUGUGCAUGUGUGUGAGGAGUGCUGCAGAGUUGAUCCGUGUGUCUGGACAUGAAGGGGGAGAAGUGCACGUUUCCUGUCCCUACAGCACGGGUUACGAGUCUCAUGAGAAGUACCUGUGCAAGAACAACUGUGCCAACGACGACGAUGUUCUGAUUAAGACGACAGAACCAAACAAGAAUAAAUACUCCAUCCACGACGACGAGCGCAAACGAGUCUUCACAGCGACGAUCUCUGACCUGCGCCGGACAGACGCUGGGAGGUACUGGUGUGGGGUGACCAGGAAGGGAAUGGACAUCUACACGGAGGUACAUCUGGAAGUAGGACCCGACACCUGUUGUGCCCAAUCCACCAAACUCCAAAGUUACGAGGAGAGCUCAGUGUCCAUCAGUUUUCGGUACGAACCCAAGUACCAGAACCACCUGAAGUACGUCUGCAGAGGAAACCAGACCUCCACAUGUCUGGAGAAGGCAAUACUCACAUCUGACAACAAGCAACAUGAACGCUUCAGACUUACUGAUGACAAGGUGUCGAGAAAACUCACAGUAUUCAUUACCGGUGUGACCCGAAACCACGCCGGGUCCUACCUUCUUGGUUACCAUGGAAACACUGGCCUGGAUGCUUUCUCUGCUUUUGAGCUCAAAGUCGAAGCGUGGUGCUGUGUGAGGUCAGACCAAGUGAGCGGCAUUGUGGGACGCCCGCUAACUGUGCGGUGCCCUACCCGCCGCCGCACGGGGCUAACAGGAAGUUCCUCUGUAAGGGAGACCACCGCAACAACUGCACAGACGUGGUGACGAGCAGCAGCAGCAGGUUCUCGCUGCGAGACGACGCUCCCUCCAGCUCUUUCCUGGUGAUCAUCACGGAGCUGGAAGCAGGGGAUGCUGGGACCUACUGGUGUGGUUCAGACUCACAGUGGACUGUUGGAAACUACACCAACAUUCACCUGUCGGCAUCCGCAAUUUCUCCCUCGGUGGUUUUCAUUGUUCCGGCUGUGCUUGUUCCGGCUGUGCUGCUCACACUGACAUUUGCCCUGGUCAUGGUGUGUAAAUACAGAUGCAACAAAGCGCGGGGAGCUGGAGCAGCCAACGGGAACAGAAACGUAAUCAAGGCGGCCGAAACAGAGGAAGUGAUGGCGGUAGCAGAUAUUUAUGAAAACCAAGAAGUAGCUCGCUCAAAGUUGGGGCGCUGCGGACCGCAGAGCGCCGGUCCGCACUAUGAUGAUGUAGAAGACGCCCAACAAGAGUCUCUGUACCAAAACUUCACAACAACAGGUGAUAUCUACAGCAAUUAAAUACACAGUGAUGCCAAUAGAAGAUGAACAACCCUUGCAUUCUGGGGUGAAACCGGAAAAAUAUUUGUCUCCAUUAACGGCCGACCAACACAUGAACCAACCUGUUCAAUGUCUGACGGAAAACUAGGGUACUGAGAUCAUUUGUACAGAUUUGUUUUAUAAUUACCAUUAUUAUAUGAAAUCAAUUGCUUGAAUAACUGCCUUACACUUUCGCUUUACACGCAUAUAUACACUACCGUUCAAAAGUUUGGGGUCAUCCAGACAAUUUCGUGUCUUCCAUGAAAACUCACUUUUAUUUAUCAAAUGAAUUGAAAAUUGAAUAGAAAAUAUAGUCAAGACAUUGACAAGGUUAGAAAUAAUGAUUCAUAUUUGAAGUAUUAAUUUUGUUCUUCAAACUUCAAGCUCAAAGGAAGGCCAGUUGUAUAGCUUAUAUCACCAGCAUAACUGUUUUCAGCUGUGCUAACAUAAUUGCACAAGGGUUUUCUAAUCAGACAUUAGUCUUCUAAGGCGAUUAGCAAACACAAUGUACCAUUAGAACACUGGAGUGAUCUUUGAUGGAAAUGGGCCUCUAUACACCGAUGGAGAUAUUUCAUUAGAAACCAGACGUUUACACCUAGAAUAGUCAUUUACCACAUUAACAAUGUAUAGUGUGUAUUUUUGAUUAAUGUUAUCUUUAUUGAAAAAACAGUGCUUUUCUUUGAAAAAGAAAGACAUUUCUAAGUGACCCCAAACUUUUGAACGGUAGUGUAUAUAUAUAAUAUAUAAUAUAUAGUUAGCAGCUAGGUAACUAAGAGAUUGAUGUCUGUAAAUGUAUGUGUAUAUAUAUACACACAUAUACAUAUAUAUAUAUAUAUAUAUAAAUAAGCGUUUGUGUGGAUGUCUGGUUUUGAUUAGCCGGUGUGCCGCGCUCGCUAAAAUGGCACCACACCAUCACGCCCGAGUAUUAUUGGCUCAGUAAACAUUUAAUGUGUAAUAUUGUUAAAAUGUGGUUUGCAAUAUGUUUUGUACUUGUGUUUUUGAAUAUUGGAAAUAAAUGGAUUCUGUGGAGCGAUGACCAGACGUGAAUGUGCUUGGUUUGUCCUGUCUUGGGUUUUUUGUCUCGUAACUUCCUGUUUUAUUUUGAAGCCUAACUCCCCCUCUCGUUUCAGGUCACUUGCCCUUCCUCAUGUGUCACCGCUCUGAUUGGCUCCCCCGAUUGUUUCCACCUGUUCCCCAUUACCCUCAUGUGCUUAUAGUCUGCGUCUCCCCUCUGUCUUGCCCCAAAGUGUUUCGUCCUUAUCCUUGCACCUAAACCAUAGUCACGUUUCCAUGAGUAUUGCCUCCACCUAAGUUGUUUUCUGUUUCCUCCUUGAGAGUGAUUUUUCGUUUGUGAAGUUUUUAGUUGAGCUUCGAUUUUGUUUUAGUUGUCAGUCGUUUUGCUGUCCUCCCGUUUGGAGCGAUUUUGUGUUUUAGAUUAGCCCUAGUAUAUUUAGUGAGUUCUUUUCCUUAGCCCAUUUAUUUGUCACAACUCAAAGAGGUUCGGAUUUCAAUAAAGUGGGCCUCUACGUUCUA